AGGUGUCCGAUUCGGUCCAUAUCGAGGAUUUAGAUUGCGGCGGCGGCGGCAACUCAUCGACAAGCCACAACGGCUCGAGCCAUGGCCUUCUUUUGCGGAGACGACGGCUAAAGCACCCUCCCACUUCCUCUGCCCAUGGCGUCGCGGCGGCUCUUCGCACUCCGACCUGCUUGCCUUCCCUCCCUCCCGCUUCCCUCUGCCCGCUUCCGACGAGGACGAGCGGAUCAGCAUCGGUGUCUGGCCGCGUCCGCCGCCGCCGUCGUCAAAGGAAGCAACAAGAAAAAGAAGGAGCACGCCACGGUCGUCUCACCUGACCGCCUCAAGAAGCGUACGCGCUCCGGGGCGAAGUUCGACCGCGCCCUCUACCGUCGCUACGCAGACCCCGUCCGGGACCACGUCCCCGUCAUGCUCGGCGAGGUGCUCGACGCAUUCCGUUCCCUCCGCCUCCGCUCCUUCGUUGACUGUACCCUAGGCGCCGCCGGGCACUCCGCUGCUAUCGUAGAGGCCCAUCCGGAGUUGGAGUUGUACGUGGGAAUGGAUAUGGAUGCUUCAAUCCAUGACCAGGCCCGGGCUCGGAUAGAGAAGCUCUUGGCCGUGGAUUCGCGCGGCAGCAAGUUGAAAGCUUACACUCAUGUCAGAAACUUCAAGUACAUCAAGUCGGUGCUUGGCGGCGUCGAUGAGAACCUGCUUGACGUUGGGGUGAACGGCAUCUUGAUGGACCUUGGAAUCUCAUCAAUGCAGGUGGAUGACUCUACAAGGGGUUUUAGUGUGCAAGGUGAUGGACCUUUGGAUAUGCGCAUGAAUCCUCAGGCAAGUUUGACAGCUGAAGAGAUAUUGAAUUCUUGGCCUGCUGCGGAAGUGGGAAAGGUACUACGUGAAUAUGGAGAAGAAAGCAAUUGGCAAUUUAUUCAGAAUCAAAUUGUUGAAGCUCGUGCACAAGGGGGAUUGCAUACUACAGAUGAACUUGUGCAUCUUGUGAGGAGAGCAUCAUCCAAUUCAGGAGGCAGGCAAGGAUGGAUCAAGACCGCUACGCGGGUUUUUCAGGCGCUUAGGAUAGCCGUUAAUGACGAACUUCAAACACUAGAGCAAGCCCUCUAUGCGUGUUUUGAUUGUCUGUCAUCUGGUGGCCGGCUUGCAGUUAUUUCAUUCCACAGUUUGGAGGACAGAAUUGUGAAACAAACUUUCCUCGACAUCAUUGAGAUGUCUGAUCUGGAGGAUGAUGACAGCGAGAGGCCUUCAGUAGAAAGUAUGCCUGAAAUCGAGACCAAAGACGACGAACCAUGGAGUAAGAAUAGAGUUCAAGGAAAGCAAGGGAUCAUUCUCACCAAGCGACCCAUCACAGCUACGACUGAAGAAGAGAUAAUGAACCGCAGGGUUUCUGGAGAUGGACACAGGCCACAAACAAUUGGCCCCAUAUAUUCAUUGCUUCACUGCACUGAAUUUCACAUGUUAGAUCGAAUGGCUUCAAGAAUUUAAAUUCAUAAAUAAAGGCCAACCGAAGCAAAUCCAUUUAUUGAAAGAGAGUUGCAAGAUCGUUCGAGAAACUUAGUGUAGAUCCUUUUUGGAUCGAUUAAAACAGUUUGUUCAUGCAAAUGGAAUUCAGCUGUAUGUGUGCAUAGUUAUUUUGUUUAAAGGCCUGAGAGCUACGUGCAACUGUGCAAGUCCUGCGCGUCGGCGGACGCGUGGAGACGGCGGUCCAAUGCAUGCAUGGCUUUGCAUGGGAGUCUGUGUCCUCCAAUUGAACUAUCGCUUACACUCUCUCGCAUUCAAUGCCAUUUACUCUCC